GGAGACACUGAUGGAGGCGCAGACGACGGCCCCAGAGGCGACAUCUGUCGUCAUAGAAUGGCAGGAUAACGAUAAUGUGACAAUCCGGAUCAACGAUACUUUUAAUUUUAUUGAGAUAUCCGACCCCAACGACCUUCACUACCCAUGGAAGAUAAUUCCGUUCUUCUACCUCCACCUCACCACGUACCUGGUGACGCUCGUCUUCGGAGUGAUUGGCAACGUGGCGGUGAUCGUCCUGAUGGCAGGUGACCGGAAGUCCCGCAACACCACCAACAUGUUUCUAGUAUCCUUAUCGGUGGCGGACUUGCUCAUGCUGCUCCUGUGCGUGCCGCUCAAGAUAGUACACUUCUUCGUCGUCCUCUGGGACUCCGGGGGCGCCGCCUGCAAGAUUGCUAACUACUUCAUGAUGCUCUCCUUCACCGCCAGCGUCCUUAACCUCACUGCUGUCAGUCUCGAGAGGUUCAUCGUUAUAGUGUUCCCAAUGAGAUCACGCUCGCUGUGUACCAUGAGCAACUGCCGCCGUUCUGUCCUCUUCGUAUGGGUUGCUUCUCUCCUGUUGGCCUGCCCCAUCAUCAAGGUCAUGGAAAUCGAUACUGUGAUGUACACGGAUGCAUCUCGUAGCGUGUGGGUGACUGCCUACUACUGCAAACAGAUGGAGUCGCUGGUGUUCUUGGCAUACCAGCUGCUGGUACUCUUUGUGGUUCCUGCCCUCCUCAUGAUCGUCUUCUACACUGCUGUUAUCAGGGAGCUCUGGAGGUCCACCAAGAACAUAAAGGCUCUCACUAAUGCCUCUAGGAGUGGCUCAAGUUGUGAAAGCUACUACCUACGGGUCACAGGCGGCGAAUCACUGAGCUGUGGCCGUGGUAUGGGCACCAGGAAUGGGCGUGUGGGUGGUGGGGACUCGGCCUACAACAGUUCAGCCUCGCUGUAUGUACCCUACACGGCCACCAGAUCCCGAACCCCCUCUCCCGGUGGCCGACAUGUAGCCAAGAAGCACCGAGAGAAGGGCGAAGACGUCAAGAAAGCCAGGAAGCAGGUGAUCAAGAUGUUGAUCGUGGUUGUGGUGCUGUUCUUGCUGUGCUGGGGCCCCAGGCUCGUCAUGGAGAUGUGCAUCAACCUGGGACUCCAACAGUUCAAUCAGGUUUUCUACAAUUUCAACAUUGUAUUCGUUCUGCUGCCAUUCAUCCACUGCUGCAUCAACCCCAUCAUCUACUGCUUUAUGUCUAAGAACUUCCGACGAUCCAUGAAGAAGCGACUGGAGGACUUGUCAUGUGGACCCCAAUCCUCCCGUCGCUGCUGCUGCUGUUGCCCCACCCGUCGAAGGCCUCCGCCCAUUAACCUGCUCAACCGGGUCGUCACAAGGAGCGUCUAUUCUUCCUACUCACCUGAGGGUACCUCUCGCCACACUGACCUAGAGACUGUCUCCACUAUGUAGGUUUUGGGCCUUUCCUCAUUUCUCUACUUUGGGAGUCCUUCUGGUAUGUUUAAUGGUUCUGCUCAUAUUUACUGUAUCUUUCAUUCUUCCUGUACCUUACAUCUGUUGUAGGCCACUAUGUCCAUAGGUCUACUUGUAUUUAUGAAACUCUUUACUUGAUCGCACUAAGAACCCCCCCCCCCCUCCUUUUUAGCCAUAUUUAUUAUGUCUUUAAUUUUCCAGUAGCAUCUGAUGACCAUGUGUCAUUUAGUCUUUUUUUAUUUUCCCUUAAUAUUAAUCUGUCUUACUCCUUAAUUAACUAAGAACCAUUUUCUAAGAAUCCAUAUUGCUACAACUACCAAAAUUAGUAACUUCUAGCAUAAAUUAAAGUAGCCAAUACCCCCAUAGAGAUUGAUUCAUUUGCAUGUACAAUACACAUUAUUUUGCUAAGUAAAUGUCACAGUAAGUUGGCUGGAGUAAAUGGGUUUUGAUAUUUAGUGUUUGCACUAUUUUAUUAUUUUUGUAUUUAUUAUGAAGGUUACGAUUAAGUAUUUUAUGUCUUUGAAUUGUAAGAUAUGCUUGUCUGUAAAUACCUCAACUCUGUGAAUGUCAAUACUUAUUUAUCGAGUGUGCCGUUUAUUUGGUACAAGUUGGAGUUGUUGUUAUUGUCACGCAUUCUGAUUGUAUAGCAGAUUCUUUGAAAGAAUAUUAAACAAAAAUUCAUGAUAGAUGCUGCAAAA